AUGAUCUUAUCGAAAUCUUCGACAUACUCGUUAUUGAAGCUGUACGAAAAGGAGUUGAUCGCGAAAUGGACCAUGUCACCUCAUUUUGAUGGCUCUCGUGUUAAUUAUCAUCAUUUAGCUUUGUUAUGCGGUGUUAUGGCCAACGAAGGACGUCUAAUGAUCAUUACAAAACAUGAUGUUAAUCGACAAGAUAUUGGACUAAUUAUAAGAUGUUCAUUCGAACAAACUGUCAAUGCUUUCAUGGAAGCAGCUGCACAUGCUAAAACAGUUCCAUAG